AUGUCUUCUACAACUUCCGUACCAACUACAAUUUCCCUCUCUGAAUUACUGUUAGAUGCAGGAUCGGAAGAGCUGAACCGAAAGAUCGUAGCUGCUCUAGGAUCUGGACCAGGAUGUUUGGGAAUCAUAGUGAUCAAGGACCUUCCAUCGGACUUUCCAGAUCUUCGAGAGAAGCUAUUCCGGCUCGCUCAUCGAUUUGCAACCCUCCCAGAUGAGAUCAAAGAGAGAUUUACUAGUCCCGAAACUUCUUAUCUGUUCGGGUGGUCACACGGAAAGGAGAUAAUGAAUGGGAAACCUGAUACGCAGAAAGGAUCAUUCUACGCGAAUCCCUUAAUUGACGUUCCAGACGUAUCUGAUCAACUUCGCAAGGACCAUCCGGAAUAUUAUGCUGGAAAUGUAUGGCCAGAAGGGGUAGAGGGUUUAGAAGAAUUUGAGAAGACCUUCAAAGCUUUAGGUAAAAUCGUAUUUGAUGUUGGAAUCGCUCUAGCAAAGGCUUGUGAAAGAUUCGUCUCACCGACGAUAUCGAAUUCAUCUGGAACUGUCGCAUCCCUCAUCUCAUCUUCGAAAUGUAACAAAGCGAGAUUACUCCACUAUUAUCCUCAAGCGCCUUCGGGUAUAGCGGACGAAGAAGACGUACAGAAUGAUGCGUUAUGUGGAACCCAUCUAGAUCAUUCACUACUUACUGGUCUAUGCUCAGCAAUGUACCUCUACCUCUCUUCUUCGAACGAUGCUGACACCGAACCUCAAAUCGUAGAUUCACCAAAUGAUUCAACAGGACUAUGGAUCUAUCCUAGGAAUAGUAAAGACCCAGUCAAAGUUACUAUACCGCGAGAUUGUCUAGCAUUCCAAACAGGCGAAGCGUUAUCUUUAUUAACAUCCAACAAAUUAUCUGCUACCCCUCAUUUCGUCAGCGGUUCAACUAAAAGCCAUGAACCAGUUUCAAGAGAGACUUUCGCUUUUUUCUUACAACCCGACGUGGAUGAUGUGAUUGGUCCUGAUGGAGAGACGUUCGGGCAAUUCACUAAGAGGGUAUUAGGCAGACAUUAUGCGGAGAAGGCUGCUAAGGAAGCUGAAGAUUGA